CCCUGUCCCCGUCGCGUUCCCCUCCCUGGCCGGCCCCCUCGCGCCGCCCGUCCCCGCCGGCGCCUGUCCCGCUCCCGGCGGUGGCGGCCGGGGAGGGCGCCUCAGCGCGGCGCCGUCAUGGCGCUGGAGGUGGAGGCGACCGGGGCUCCCCUGAGCUCUUUCCUGAAAGACUUCCCGUCUCCGCUGGGCCCGGGGGAGCCGCUGCCGUGGAGCUCGGCGGGGAGCGGCGCCCUCAGCAAGGCCGAGGUGCCGGGCGCCCUGGCCGAGCGGGCGAGGAGCCUCCUGGGCGGCAGCAGAGGUGUUUCACCACUUCUUGCAGCAUCGUUGAUCCAUGCUGCAGUUAAUGAAGUUCUCCAAACAGACUUGGCUGAAUUCAAGCAGCAAAAUGUGGAAACAGAGGGAGAAGGAGAUGAGGAAAGGUUCACCUUGCUGGAUGGAGAGUCAUUGCAGCGUUGCUUCUUUAACAAGCUCUGGGAUGUUUGCUUUGAGUGGCAGAAGCAGUUGCCACCACUGAGACCACUGAAGCGGUUCCUGCUUGUUUCUAUCCAUGCCAUCCGUAACACCCGGCGGAAAAUGGAGGACCGCCACGUUCUGCUCCCAGAGUUCAACCAGCUCUUUGGUUUAUCAGAUGACACUGAUCGUGCUUUCUUUGCGGUAUUUGAUGGCCAUGGUGGAGUGGAUGCUGCCAAUUAUUCGGCAACCCAUUUACAUGUAAAUGUUGGACUACAUGAAGAGAUUGUUAAGAAUCCAGCUGAGGCCUUGAAAUGCUCUUUCCAGAAGACAGAUGAAAUGUUUCUUUUCAAAGCCAAGAGAGAGAAGCUGCGGAGUGGUACAACAGGUGUAUCUGCACUGAUUGUAGGGAACAAGCUACACAUAGCAUGGCUAGGGGACUCGCAGGUAAUGCUUGUACAGCAAGGAAAAGCUGUGACGUUAAUGGAACCUCACAAACCGGAAAGAGAAGAUGAGAGAGAACGUAUUGAGACUCUGGGUGGUUGUGUGACCUAUAUGGACUGCUGGCGGGUUAAUGGUACCUUGGCUGUCUCCAGAGCAAUUGGUGACAUAUGUCAGAAACCCUACAUCUCAGGUGAUGCAGAUGGAGAUUCGUUUGAGCUGACUGGUUCUGAAGAUUACUUGCUCCUAGCCUGCGAUGGAUUCUUUGAUGCUGUCAAGCCAUAUGAGGUUGUAGACUUGGUCUUAGAUCAUUUAAUGCAAACCAAAGGAGUGGGUCUCAAAGCAGCAGAAAGACUGGUGGCUGCUGCAAAGGAAAAUGGAUCCAGUGAUAACAUCACUGUUCUGGUGGUCUUCUUGAGGGAUCCUCAGGACAUCUUGGCAGACUGUCUCAAAGACCCUAAGAGCCUUGGGGCUGGUGAUGACGCUCAGAGCUCACCCUUUAACUUCCUCAGCUGUGAGGCGGCAGCCACACAGUGACAAAAUGUGCUUAAUCCGAACAUUCAAAUAAAUUCACAUAAGGAACUGCUUUCCACUGAAGAAGCCUCUAAUAAAAUAGGUAAAACAUGUCAGGAGAGAAAUGACAAAUGGACAAACAUUUAACAAAAAGGCAAGACUCCUUUUACUGAAUUCCCAUUUGUCUUUUCCUUCCUUUCUUCUCCCUUCAAAAAACACUGAGCAGAUGUGGAGAUUUGUACACCUAUUUUGUCUCUGGGAGCAGACUUCUAACAUGUGUCCCAGGGCUGCUGGUCAUGUCCCUCUGCCCUGGAAGUGGGAAGAAACCAUAAUAUGUAUAAGCUAAUGGGUGAGAACACCCGUUUGUGAAUUCUGAGUGAAAAUUGAAAAUUAGUGCUUAAAAAGAAUGCUGUAUGUUGUAUUUAAUUGUGAUGUUAGUUUGGAGAUUGGGAGGACAGAUAGAAAAGCUUGUUAUUGUGUGUGGUCUGCAGGAACAGGCUUGGUGUGUGAGACUGGGUGACACCAUUAUACUGUGUAAGUUGCUUUUGUUUUGUACCAAAGAUGAAAUGAGAAUGAUGUGGCCUCUUCAUUCAAACAGAGACAUUUAAUUUUGUUUGUAUGGAGAGGAGAAAAUAAAACUGACUGAAUGCUCCAGAAAAAGAGCAAGAGAGCUAACUAGAAAUAUCCCAGGCAAAAUGAUGCAAAUCAGCUGCUUCCUGGGAUGCUCUGGUUUAUAAACUGGAAUCCAAUAUUUAACUGCACUGGAUUAUUUUCCCCUAAAAAAACAUGCUCUAGUGGCUGUUUGGCAACCUGAAAAGAAAGGACCCUUAUUGUUGUAUUUGGGAGAGAUCUUUACAGUAUGUGUGCUCUAGCAGUUAAAUAUGCUGUUUCUGCCAUUUUUUUGUGUACUAUAACAAAUGAGAAUUUUAUUUUUAUUCUAAAUGCGUGUUUAUUUACUGAACUUUACAGUUGGAGGAAUUUUUUGCAGUGUUACUUUAUUGUGGUUUUUAUUUAAAUUAGAAUUUUAAAGUGGCUGUGUCUUUAUUAUCUGGGUUUAAAAACUGACUACCCUCAAGUGCCUUAAAUAUUUCACCCAAGGAUUGCUGGCUUUCUAUCAUAUUCUGGUGAGCCAGUUUAUAGUGUUUUUAAAAUGUGACUUUUUUAUUUCAAUACUAAUGUUUAAUGCACUUAAAUGUUUCUUUUUUUGUGUGAAUUAUUUUAGUGGGAACUGGAUUUUAAAAAACAACUUUCAUUGUUGCCAAAUCUUGUGGCUUGCCAUAAAAGCUUCAGAAUACUUACUGUGACUUACCCCCUACCCCAUGCAAAAAGCUGUAGUUAACCAUAAAGCAGCAAGUCUGAGUCAUCAUGACUUUCAUUUAAAAACAAAUAUGCUUUUGACCUUCACAAGAAAAUGUAAUAACACAAACUAGAAACAGUUUAGUAACAGUUUCUGAUUAAUAGAUGGUUAAUUUGGCCAUACUCUGUGAAUUUUUUGGGUCUAAGUAACUCUCUAAGGAGAUACAAAGCUAAGGGGAGGAUGAAAGAAUCCUAAUGAAUGUGUAUGUUGUUGUGCAACUGUUAUUUCCAUUACGUGAAGGAGCCUCUGGUUGUGUUUUGUCUUGCCUUACUAGCCUGGCUAGCAGGACUCGACAAGAUCUGAAGGCUCAACAGUAAAUGUGUUAGUAAUUCCUGUAUCUAAACAAAAAGUGCUUUACAUCUGGCCCCAAGAUUGUGUGCCUAAUUUAGAAGCACAUGGCAUUGCAAUAUGUCAGUGCUGUUGAUUAAAAUGUGUUGAACAUUAUUGUUGCUUAGGAAGGAAAUUUAGGUAGAAAAGUUGAGAUGGCUGAAAGGAAGAACAGUGUCUCUGAAUCAUUAGCUAGUGUAGGGCAAUGCAGCUACCCAAAUGACUUGAGUGCUUUGCUGGAUUACUAUGAACGAUCAUAUAGUUUAAUGUAGAAACUCCUCAUAAGAUACCAUCUCAUUGCAUAGCAACUCAGAUAGUGACUUCCUUGUUCUGCUAUGCAGCAACAGGGAGCCCUGAGAGGGUUGCAGGUGUUUUUCUGUCCUCCAUUUUGCUGUCCUAAAAUAUGUGGAGAAUGCUUUUGGUGAUGGCAACCUGGUGUUAGGGGGCUAUCAAUUUUUGUAGUGAACCUGCUUCAGUUAAGGAAGCCUUUAGACUUGCUUAGUAAUCUCUUCGGAUUUACCAUCUCCUAGCUCUUUGAUUUCUAACCCAGAUACUCAGUGUCAUGCUAAGUUCUGAUGACCACUAGUGCCUCUUGGUGUCUUGGAAAUAGUUCUCAUUAUUAAUAUGGUAAGGAUCACACAGAAUUGUUUGAUUUCACUGCUGAGUGAGGGCAAGCUGUUGUAUUCAUGAAGGGAGGUGUGCAAAGUUGGUGAGUUUGUAGUAUAGCUUGGUUUCUGAUAUUUGCCAAAUUUCCUGAAACAUGGAGGGACCUGAGCAAGCCAAGUUCUUCAUAAUGAUCUUUGUAUUUUGGCCUUUUUGGGGCAGAUUUGCAUUACUGAAGAAACAAAGUCUUAAGACCUUCAGUGAAUUCUUAGAGUUAUGUGAGAAUAUCUUUCUUUUGUUUCAAAUUUGAUAUUGGUUUGUUGGUUUUUUUUAUGGGAGCUGAGUGAAAUGGGCCUUUAAAAAGCUGUCUGUGGUCAUCAGAAAAUUUAAUUCUCAAGCUGUGCUCUCAGGAAGAAAUCCUAUGUUCUGAGAAGCUGUUCCCCUAUAUAGAGGUUUUCAUUCUGAAUGACCUGUUGCCUCAUUUCUUUGAGAUGUAAGGGAUAGAAGCAGUCUUUGGGAAUUCAGAUUUCAGUAGGGAUUAAAAAUAUUUCCUUUCUUUUCAGAGACUUCUUGUUAGCUUUAAGAAGUCUGCUCACAUCUGUAGGAGUUGUAACUGGAUCACGAAUGGCCGUUUGUAUCCUGUCAGUGGAAUAAAUAAGUUCUAAUGUGUCAUCUACAACAGAAUUCCAAAUACUGUUUGGGGGGGAAAUCGGUCUUGGCGAUGUCUUGUCUAUCCUUGGCAGCCUGAUCAAAACCUAUGGAAACUCUUUUUUUUUUGAACUGAAGCCGCAAGAUUACAAUUUUAUGCUGAACCAGUAAUGAAAGCGUGACACAGGAUGCAAGUAUGGGUUUGAAAGUGCACUUUUCAAUUCUGUUGCAAAUGGUUAUCAGGAUGGUCUAACCCUUGGGAUGGGAAGGCAACCUCCAGGUUUUGUUUCACUUGUGACUUUGAGAUCACUUUUAGAAGCCACCAGCUGUAACGCAUAAUGCUGUUACAAGAACUGCCACUAGUAUGGGUGGUGAGGAGAGAGGGAAGGAGCUCUAGCAGAAGGUAUGAAGUUGAACUAAAUAUUCCAAAAUAUGAAAUGGUGCUAUGUUUUGAAUUUACAGUCCUAAUCUGCUACAUCAUCUUUUCUUACCUUUCCUCUUAAAACUUCUUGGAUAUCUGGCGUUGGCUGUUCUGUUUUCCUUCCCUCUCUUGGUUAAAAAUAAGACAUGAUUUUGGUGACAGAGUGCUCCCACCUAUCUGGGACUUCCCGGUGUCAUCUGCAAGUACUAACACUUGUCCACCAAUGUCAAAUCAACUAAUGCCAAAUGGAAUGAUUUGCCUGUUUCCUUGUUGUCUUUCUGAAUAGCCUGCAACAAAACCAAUUCUUGAGUCUAGCCAAACUCUCUGAAGCUGUAGUAAAUAGCUGAAGGAUUCCAUACAAAUGUGCAAUGAAAAAUGAGAGUAUUUUCAUAUUUUAUUAGACUCCAAAUGAAUGGUGCUGCUGCAUUUUAGCCCCCAGCUUCUUAAAGCAUCCGGCAUAUUUAAAACACAGCAUGCUUAAAUUGUUGUAUUGUGCUUAAUUAAAAACUAGCUUUAGUCAUUCUGCUUAGUGGGUAUCCAGUAUCUCCUUUGCUUGUGGGUAAUUCAUACUUCUACCUUUCUCCCUUUCUUUCCCUUCCCUACCUCACCCUCUCCAACAAAGAAACAUACCUAAGACAGUAUUCUGGGGCUGACAUAGACAGGAUUAUGAUUUUACAAAUUGCAUUUGUUGAGGGGUUGGUUUAGGGUUUUGUUUUCUUUUUGAGAAUAGGAUGGAAAUACAGGAAAGUCUUUAGAACAGAGGGAGAUUAAGUAAAAUCCACCCUCUGAGUGAUGGAGGAGUGAGAGACAGGAAUGCAUUUAACUAUUAUUAAUGCCUAUUUUAAAAAGGAAGUGGGCUGGAAAAUAGAGCUACAAAUGUCAGUUCUUUAGAGUGAAAUACCAGUGCCUGAAAGAAUUAGAAACACACCCAUUAAAAAGGCAAAACUCAGAUAUGGUAACUCUGUCUUCAAACAGCCCAGAAAGGAAUCACAGUAAAAGCAUCCAAGGUGACUUACUGUGACCCCUCAACACUGUCUUGGAAGCUAAUAGUACUAAAUGGAUUUUUCUAAACAUCCUUCUGCAUGAGGAGCAGCUAAGAGGGAGCAUCCAGUAGAUGUAGUUGCUGGUCACUGCACAACUGCUGCCAUGAGUAAGUGCCAUGAAGUGUGUUAAUGAAUCGAUACGGCUGGUGAGCUCUCAUAAGAUGAGUAAUUGGGCACAGAGUGGUUACAGCAGAGUUGGCAGUUGAAUAGUGUUAAUCACAGUGAUGACUUUAAUAGCAUUUAAUAGACACUUAUCUGAAUUCAAAGUCAGAUGAGAUGCUGCUCAUUUUAAAAGCAUUUCCAGUGCUAUUAGCUUCCUGUCAUGAAAAGGCACUAAAAUUUCCAUUUUUUUGUUGGAUGUUGGGAAAAGUGCUUCUCUUGCUUUCUGAAUUCUGGAGAUAAGUUGGCUGUCUGCACUGGAACACUCAUUUUCAGCUGAUAGCUUAAAGCAGUUGUUUGAGUUUAAAACUUCCCUCCCAAGCAGUCCUUUAAAAAGUAACAAAAAGGUGCUUCCAAAACAAGUGGCUGAGAAACAUGAGUGUUUCUGAAGGGCCCUGACAAAAGGUAACCAGCAAAUACCCUCAGUCUGUAAAGAACAUAGGCAGUUAGUUGGACUGCUUAAAGUCUAAAUUAAGAUUGCAGCUCUACUCUUUGUGUGAGACCCUGUUGGUUAAAUUACUAGUGUUCUUAUGGAUGCAGGUACUUAAUGCACAGCACCAGACAUGGUCUAUUUCCAUUCUUACAGUACUUAGGUAUCAAGCAAAUGCUUUAGGGAGAAGGUGGGGGGAUGUUAGCCACAACAGAGCAGAUUGCAGAUGAUUCAUAUACAAUUUAGCUCUGGUUAAGCCUGAUUUAAAUUUCCCUGCUUAGUUCUAUUACUGUCCCUUUUACAAUUGGGCCUGUGCCACUGCACAAAAUCCUAGUAAGAAGUAACGGUCCUUCGCCCCUUUUUGAGGAGCAAACAAGUCCUGGUAGACAAAAUGUCAUUUAGGAAGGGUUGGAGAGGGAGAAAAAUGAGCUUUCAAAUGAGUGCAGAAUUUCCCAAUCUAUGCUAAGUUAUGUAUUCUCGCUAAACAUGUGUUUAUAGCAGGUCUGAUUGCAUUUGAGCAGUUGUCCUAGAAAGCAAUAGGUUUCCUGCCAAGGUAGGCAUAACCUUUAAAACUGGCAGCACCAAACCCAAGAGGUUAGUCCUCCUUGCUUUCCUAAUUCAAGCCACUAAACCAGCUAGCCCUGGUAAGUAUUUGUUUUGCAGCAUUGACAGCUCUUAAGAGCUAAGCCAGCCACUUUCUGCAUAUGUUUUGGUUAGUUUUAAUGUAUUUGUUGGAUUUCACUGUAUCUAAAGUUAUUUCUGUUGAUAGCAGUUGUAUCAGCUGAAAAGCAGUCAAAUGGAGACAUGAGGGGGUGACUGGACCUGAACAUGUAUCUGUCAUAGAGAUUUCUUAAAAUACUACCUUAUUGUGAUAACCUUAUCUCUAAACAGAACAGGAAACCAGAAUCUGACAGAGAAUCACUUAAACCUUUAGUUUGGUGUGAGCCGUCAGAGCCUGGACACUUGCAAGCCUUCCCUACAAGCUGUUCAGUGUUGCCAGUUGAAUGGAUUUUCUGAGCCCUGCAUGCUGCUGCUGGUGCACACAGAAAUAAACAAAAGACAGCUGUGUUGGCAGCAGAGAAAAUUUAGCAAGAUGCUGCUUUUGUCAACCAGAAGAGGACAAAAUCGAUAGGAAAAGAAAUGUUUUCAAGCAUCUUGGAAUGCAAACAAUGGAAUACAGAAAAAAAAAAGCAACCUAGAAGAGUUGGCAGCACACUGUCAGCUGAAAACCACUGUUUAAAGCAAAUGAAUUUGGCUGCUUUGUAAUGUCUGCUUUAUUUUGUUAACAAACUCCUCUCAGUCAGGGUUCCGUAUCUUGUUGAUAUGUGCUUUUUAGUCUGAAGAGAGAAGAUAUAUUUAACUUCCUAAGGAGCUGAAUGUAUCUGGGCUUUGUGACUAGUUAGAUUGUGAUUAUUGAAUUUUCUCUCAACUAUUAAGCCUGAUUAUUCGUUUCCAGGAGAUAUUAAUAGAGUGAGUACUGAAAUUACUAAUGAUGAAAUGGUUCUGGAUUUCCAUGCACAAGAAGUUUAUCAGUCUUUCCUGAUCCACCAGAUCAAUUCUUGAAGUUUAUUAUCAUUUGUGAGGCAAUACCUGAGGCUUAUGGAAGGUUUGUCUCUUUGGCAAACGGAGCAGGAAGGUGUGACCAUCCCUUACUGCACAAGGUAUUUAUCCUUUUACCUAGGGGGUGAUGGUUCCUUUUUGGAUGUCUUAAGGAUAAGGAGAUAAUGGUUAGAGUACUAGAGAGAAUAUGGGCACCUUCUCAAGGCAAUUAAAUACUAUGACUUCCUCUUUUUGUGUUGCCCUUUCUAACUUGGUUAAAUGGCAUUCUGCUUAAUACUGGAUGAUUAAUGCUGCUUUCUUUUAUUUUAUUUUUUUCCUUUCAGUGUGUUUAAUAAUAAGGUGUUUGUUUGGGGGGUUAAAACCUUAUACUGGAAAAAACAAACAAAAAAAAGGCCAGUAUAGUUUUAGCUUGAAGUACUUUUAACUACUUUGAUUACUUUUAACUUCCUCUUCUACAAGUCAGUCCUGCUCUAUCUCCUCCUUAUUCUCUUCCCAGUUUUCUUCUAUCCUUUAUAUCCUUUUACACUGCCAGUCCCCCUCCCCAAAAUGCUGCUUCUUAGACUGUAAACUCCGUUGGCUGUUAAGUCAGUUUAGUUGCCACUUCAUAAUUUUCAUUUUAUCUGUGUUCAUAGUGAAUGUGGUCUGAUCUUUGGAGGCUGCAACACUGAGUGUAGGAAGUACCAUGUCAGCUAGGACAAUAAGAGACUACAACAACUGUUACGUCUUUGGCAUUGACCACUAUUGGAUGUGUAAGAAGAAAAUGCUGUUAUUUGCAUGUUAUUCCAUGGGAAUACUUAAGCUUAUUUCAGGUAAUAGUAGCUCUCAUCCUGAACACAGGACUUCAGGAAUAUUCUUCUUUGUAUUUCCUUGUUCUGCAGAUUGUGUUUUCAAACAUUUGCACUGAUUAGAGUAGGGAAAAAAAGCCUUCUGACUUUCUUCACCUCUCCAGUUCUCUCUUUCUUGCCCUAGUUGGCGGAACAGGCAGGAUGGUAACUGCAGCAUACCUUGUGGCUAAUCAACCUCUCAGUCAGUGUAAUUCUUCAGUGUCUGCUCUGUACGACAACUUCAAUCUUGUGCUUAUUUAGUGGUAAGUUAGACUUCUGUAACUACUUCUGCUGACUUAAAAAAUUGUGUUCUUAUCAGUAUUAAAAUAGUACAAGAACAGAACUGUUGCUUUAGGCACAUUUCUUGCCACUAUGUUGGCUAAUGAACCUUGAAUGAAAGUAAGAGGGCCAGUGACUUUGAAAUAGAAGCUGUUAGCCAAGUGUUGUAGAAUUGUAGUCCUUAUUUAUUUUGUAUGCUAAUCUGCACUUGUGACCCUGAGCAGAAAAGCUGCAGUACAGCAGGUUUUAUAAACUGUGGCUUAACCAGUUACCUAGUAUCUUAAAACUCUUACUUAAGCUGUCUGGUUUUGUGCACAGGUCAGAAACCUGUUGUCAUCGAUCAUUAAAUGCUAUGCAUAUUGUACAUUCAUUUACAUGGAUUGUUCUAACAGUGCUUGUGUGUAUUAUGCUACAUUACCAUAUUUUUUAUAUAUAUGUAUGUAUUGCAUGAGGUUUAAUUGUUGGGGUUUUUUGUAUUGUCACUUUUAUAUUCACACAGUGCCUCAUGUAUCUAUUUGCAUAUUGCAAGAAGUUGUUUCAAAGCAGUGAUUGGAACAGGUGGGGAGAAAAACUCGCCACUGUAGGACCUGGUGUUUCUGAAGUAUUAAUAAAGUAUAGUGACUCGAA